AUGGAGUCAACAAACCAGGAAACGACUGUGUGCUACGCGAUUAUUAACAAUAUACCGAUGGAAUAUCACUCAAAGGACCUGCGAGACUACUUUUCUCAAUUCGUAGAAUCCAAAGGAUUUAUGUGUUUCCAUUUUAGGCAUAGGCCUGAAGCAGUCACUUCUACAAAUUCGAAUUCACAGCUGACAGAUUCAUCGUGUGAAAAACGUUCAACAUGUUGUGUAGUUAAAAUCCUUGAAUCACGGUUUUUAGAGUUUUUUAAGAUGUAUAACAGGAAACACUGGUAUGAUGCAAAGGGAGAGAUCAUGAAACAAGCAUGUUAUGUAUUUAGAAUAAGAGUUCCAGCUGCAAAAGAAGAUCCAAAAUUACUAACAAGAGGAGAGAGUAAAAUUGUGCCUACAGAGAGGGAGGUGUUUACAGAAAAUGAUCUCAAAACCCUGCCAGAACUAAACCCACCAGACAUCAUGCCAAAUGGCAAUGUUGGCACGCCGACAAUGGUCUUUCUGGACUUCAUCAAACAGUGUAGAUUACCCCCCAAAAUUAUUAAAAAGUUGGGACUUACAUUUCCCAAAACUAGAUCUAGCAAACAAUAUGGAAGUGUACCAUUUGAUUAUGGUGGUGAUGUGAGAGAAGGCGUUCUAUGUGAUAAUGUUGAAGUGAUGACAGGAUCUGGACAUUCGUUAGUUUCUGAGAAAAUUCAUAAUUGUCGGACUCAGGCAGAUACAAAUAAUGGUGAGGAGGGUAAUAGGCAAACCAGUACAGGGACCACUCCGACUAGCAAGCGUAAAAAGAAGUCAUGGAGAGAUGAGGAAGCACGCAGGAGAAUGGAUCUCAAUAUUGAAGAGAAAAUGAUGAGAGAAGAUGAAGAUCCAGAGGAGGACCAGGACCUAUGCGAGGAGUGGGAGCGGCACGAGGCGCUGAUGGAUGACCCGGCAAACCAGGAGCGGAACAAGGAGCGCCUGUUUGAAGAGGAUAUCGAGCUCAAGUGGGAGAAAGGCGGCAGUGGCCUUGUCUUUUACACUGAUGCCCAGUAUUGGCAGGCACUGGAAGGAGAUUUUGACGAGCAGACCACGGACGACUGGGACGUGGAUAUGAGCGGCUACUACGAGCCUGGCGCCGGUGACAAGGACGCCAGGGACUUCCUUGCGAUGCGACAAGAGAAGCGGCGCCGGGAGGGAGUCGAGCAAACCGACAGGUUCACAGCAGGAAUAGCCGUAAAGAAAAAGAAGAAACAAAAGACGGACGAGCCAGAGGAUAGCACAGUGAUCGGCAAGUUCGAAGUUCAUACAAAGGGAGUGGGCAGAAGAAUUCUGGAGACUCAGGGCUGGAAGGAAGGACAGGGACUUGGAUCUACCAUAAGGGGCAGGGCCGAUGCCCUGGACAACGAUGGCCAGCACCCACGGGACCGGCGCGGGAUUGGUUACCAUGGAGAGAAGAUUAACCGGAACCCCGGCCGUGCCCAGCGGAAGGUGAUAAUCUCGACGGUGUUUGACGACCCAGGGGUGACAGACCCUCACGAGCCCCUAACCCGGCGGUUCGAGCCCUAUCAUCUGAAGUACAGGGAUGAAGUGGCAUUCCACAAGGCCAAAGAGAAAGUUCAUCUCUCAAAUACUUGAUUCUUGUUGUUGUUGUUUUCUAUUGCCACGGACAGAAAGGGGACAUUUAAAAUGAUUGCUCAUUAUUUGCUCGUCUUUUAUUUGUCUGGAAAUUGUAUUCCAAGAAUUUCCAUUUAUUUUUAUAUGCUCUUUCAUAAUAAAGUUUUCAGGAGUUGUG